AUGAACGUACCAUUUAUGGAUCCAGAAAAUUAUUCGGCUUUAUUUGAGCUGCCACUAGACCUUUUAUUUCCGGUUUCGUCAAGUUCUCAUACAUUUACAGCACCUCCGGAGCUAGACAAUAUCAAUUUUUCUGAUUUGUCAUUACCUCUUAAUCCAGUUUUAUCAAAUCUUACGUCUCCGGGACCAUCCCAGAAUUCUAUGUCUACAAUGUUUCCAGAACCAAUUGACAUAAAUUCUCCUGUUGAUUUUUUAUCACCUUCGGUCAAUUUUAGUAGCGAUCAUCAUCAGCCUUCUGACUUAAAUGAUGAUGGAAUUAUAACUGAUACAGAUCCGGAGGAAAGUGAGAAUCUGAUAAUUACUUCAGAGUUAGAUAGUAACCUUAUCUUUGGAGACUGGGAGGAAUUUAAAGCAUGGUUAGAUGAUUAUUCAAAGAAACAGAGAUUUAGUUAUAGGAUUAAUUCAUUCGUGGAUAAGCAUAAUCAUGUGCUUAGCAAAACUAUUCAUGAAACAGCACCAAGAUUCAGAAAAUUAACACCAGAAAUGUUAUCCGACAUAGAGAAAUAUGUUAUACAAAGCAGGAUGGACUUCGGAUCUAUUUACCCUUUACUCAAACACGAUUAUCCUAAUAAACCUAUCUUUAAAAAAGACCUUUACAAUGCAGUAUAUCAGUUUAGAGCUAAAAAUAAUCCCGGUGACUCAGAUGCAUUCCAAAUGCUCCAAAUAUUAUUGAGUUGGAAAGAAUCCAACCCUUUAUGGGUGGUUAAAGUGCACUUAGAUCCUUUUUCUAGAAGAUUAAACAGGCUAUUAUGGAUGUCUCCAUCACAAAGAUCAAGAAUCGUCGCUACUGCUGUUAUAGAUGACGAGACUCUUGAUACUUUUCGAUGGAUUUUUAAUACUUUAUUUGAAAAAAUGAGUAUAAAUCCGAAAGUCAUAUUUACUGAUUCUGAUCCAUCCAUGAUUAGCAUGAUUAAAGAAAUAUAUCCUAAUACCAACCAUUUGUUAUGUAUUUUCCAUAUUGAUAUGAAUAUCCGAAAAAAGCUUAAAUCUGAUGCCCAAAGCACACAGCGAAUAGAGUCUAUUAACAAACAGAUACAUGAUAAGGUUGAUCGAGCUACUUCUCUCUGCGAUUUGCUAGCCAACAUUAAUAAUUACAUUAAAAAUGAGAAGCAUUUUGAAAGAUUUGAAGUUGAACGUAGUACAUUACCAACAGUUGGAUUACCAAUACUAAAUACUAUGCUUUUUAGACAGGUAGACGAUGUUAUUAAAACGGUUUUAACACCUAUUAUGCUGGGAAAACAGCGUUUACAAAUGAAUCAAUCAAUUGAUGAUGACAAUGAAGAGGUUAAUAUUGGUCUUCAGGAACAAGAGCAAGGCAUUCGUCAAAUUCUUUUUAAAUCACUUAUUAAAAAUGUUAAACAAGAUGAAGUCUUAGAAGUAUGGAACAUUAGAGCUACUGGAAAGGCAGGCAUUGGACACUACAUAGUAUUAUUAAAUGACGCCACUUUUCAUGUAGCUCUUAUUUUAUCUCGGUGGUAUCUGGAACCCAAUAUAGAUCAAAAAAGACUUUUACAACAAACCUCAGCAUUUAAAGUUUGUUGCGCAGUUAGAUCAGAAGGUGUUCAACAUAAUAUUACAUUUGAGAAUUU